CCAAUCGAUUGCUCGCGUACCCCGCACUGGAAAACACCAGCACCCGAGCAUCGCACCCCGCGCAUCCACACCAGCAGAGAUCAGACCAUGGCCACCGUCUUCAAGGUCCUCCCCACCACCCAGCAGUACGACUGGGGCACGAUCGGCCACUCCUCCAAAGUCGCGCAGUACGCCGCAGCAUGCAAGCUCCCCGGCUUCACGCUCGACGAGAACACGCCCUACGCCGAACUAUGGAUGGGCACGCACCACACCUCGCCCUCACGCCUGCUCGACUCGGAGAAGCUCUCUGACCACCUCGCCGCGCACCCGGAGCUGAUGGGCGCGCGCGUCGUCGAGCGGUUCCGCGCCGCGGGCGCGGCGGAGGGCAACCUGCCCUUCCUCUUCAAGGUGCUCGCGAUCGGGAAGGCGCUCAGCAUCCAGACGCACCCCGACAAGGCGAUGGCGGAGAAGCUCCACCAGGAGCGGCCGGACGUGUACAAGGAUGCGAACCACAAGCCUGAAAUGGCGCUCGCGCUCACGCCGUUCCAGGCGAUGUGCGGCUUCCUCCCCCUCCCCCGCAUCGCCGCCUACCUCUCCGCCGUCCCCGAGUUCGCCGCACUCGUCCCGCCCGCGAUCGCCGCGCAGUUCGCCGCCGCCGCGUCCUCGGCGGACCCGCGCGGCCCCGCGGAGAAGGCCGCGCUCAAGGACGUGUUCGCGGCGGUGAUGACCGCGGACGCGGCGCUCUUCCAGCCGCAGCUGGAGCGGCUCGUGCGGCGGUACGAGAACGGGGAGGUGCACGAUGUGGAGCGGGACGUGCAGGAGCUCGUUGUGCGGCUGCACAGCCAGUUCCCGGGGGAUAUUGGCGUGUUUUGCGCGUUUGUGCUUAACCAUCUUACGCUGAAGCCCGGGGAGGCAAUCUUCCUCGCGGCGGGCGAGCCGCACGCGUACGUCGCUGGAGAUAUCGUCGAGUGCAUGGCGACCUCGGAUAACGUCAUCCGCGCCGGGCUAACGCCAAAGCUGCGCGACGUCCCGAACCUCGUCGCAGGCCUCACCUACAACGCCGCCCCAGCAUCGAAACACCUCGUGCAGCCGAGCACGUUCGCCCCCGGCGCCCAACACAGCACGCUCUACGACCCGCCGAUCCCGGAGUUCUCCAUCGUGCGCACGGAGCUCGCUGCGGGGGCGCGCGAGGCGCACCGCGCAGUCGACGGGCCGAGCGUCGCGAUCGUCACGGAGGGCGCGGGCGCGGUGACGUGGGGCGGCGGGGAGAGGCUGGCGGUGGCGGAGGGGGAGGCGUUCUUCGUGGGCGCGGGGCAGGAGGUGGGCGUCGAGGCGGGGGCGAAGAGGCUGGUUGUGCACAGGGCGUUUGUGGAGGCGAAGUGAGCUCGCGCGGGGCGGACACGAAUGCGUACCGAAGAAGCCGGAGAUCUGUUGUAAAGUAGCAUCAAACGCGCCCGAGGAGAGGCUGUUCGUCGAAGGUGUUGUGGGGUGCGUCGGCGGGCGAGGAUGGGUAUGAUAUUCGUACGGAGUACGUACGCUGCUGAUGUGCAAGUGCCUUGAGGCUGGUAUUAGGCUGAUGGGGCACAGGCUUUUUUCUGCGUCCGCGCAGGUGCGAAGAUGGAAGAGCAGUCUGGCAAUUUCAGUAAUUGUUCUCGCGGAUACUUGG